AUGUCCAUUCGGCCCUUGAUCCGACCCAAAGUAUCGGCUGUUCUACCUAAUUCAACGUGGGAUUGUCGGGCCGGGAACCACCGCGAGGCUACCGUAUUUCCGUUUGGCGCUGACGCAAUUGACGGCUUUUUAUCCGACGAAGCAAGUUUAAGCCUCCAUUCUUCUAAUCGGCCGCCAUCCUCGGCUCGGUUUCUUCUCUGCAAACAGCCGACAAAGACGCAACCGGGGACUGUCGUCAUAUCAACAGCAUCUCCAUUGCAUUUCUUGCUUUCGACACAUGUAUUCCUUUUUUUAAUCGUUCAUAACAGCGAACAUCCGGGGGUUAUGGCGUUUGGUUCAAAAAUGGAGGCACAUGAACGACCCCACAUGUUUUUUUGUUUUCUCUCUCCACUUCUGCGAUGGAAUAAUUCUAUGUUGCUACUGCUACCACAUAGAUGGAUGAUUGGAUGUGAUGAUAUAUAUACCACGGGAAGGUUGUUCUCUUUUUUGGCAUUACUCAUGAUCUUACACUAA